AUGGCAAACGAGAUUCCAAUAUUAUUACAAGAGCAUUGUCAGCUUCAAGAACUCGGUGUCAAUCCAACCAAUAUAUCAUUUAGUUGGUUAACAAUGGAGUCUGAUCGUUUUAUAACUAUACGUGAAUCAACUGGCGCUAAAAACCAAGUUGCAAUUAUUGAUCUAAACGACACCCAGAAUAUUUUGAGAAGACCAAUCGCUGCCGACUCUGCUAUAAUGCAUCCUAAAACGAAAAUCCUUGCUUUGAAAGGAGCAAAGUUACAUAUAGCGGAAAUUGAUCACAAAGAAGAAAAUCCCGUAUUUCAAAGAAAAUCUGUUGAUAUUUAUUUUCCUGCUGAGGCUGACAAUGAUUUUCCUGUUUCCAUGCAAAUCAGUAAAAAACAUGGAAUUAUAUUUUUAAUCACAAAAUUAGGUUACAUUCAUCUUUAUGAUUUGGAAACGGGCAGUCGUCUUUUUAUGAAUAGAAUAAGUGCUGAAACAAUUUUUGUCACUGCGGAACACGAGUCUACCAAUGGUAUUAUUGGAGUCAAUAGGAAAGGCCAACGUCAAGAAGAAAUGAUGUUGCUUGUUGAAUCAUAUUUUGUGACAUGGUUGGAAUUACGUGUCCAAGAAGGAAGUCAAGACCCUGAACUUUAUAAUGCUGUGGCUAAAAUUCGUAUUGAUAGCAACACUGACCCAGAAAGUUUCCUUAGAGACAAUCCAUAUUAUGAUUCGAUGGUUGUUGGAAAAUAUUGUGAAAAACGUGAUCCCCAUCUUGCUUUUAUUGCUUAUCAACGCGGACAAUGUGAUUUGGAACUUGUUAAGAUAACCAAUGAUAAUACUAUGUUUAAACAUCAAGCUCGUUAUUUGGUAAAGCGUCGCGAUCCUCAGCUUUGGGCACAUGUAUUAAAUAGUAAUAAUAUGCAUCGUAGGACUUUAAUUGAACAGGUCAAUGCUGUAGCUUUACCAGAAACUACCGAUCCAGAAGAUGUUUCUGUCACAGUGAAAGCUUUUAUGGCAGCAGAUUUACCAUUGGAGCUUAUUGGAUUAUUAGAAAAACUUAUUUUUGAAAAUACUGCAUUUAGUGAUCAAAAAACUCUUCAAAAUUUACUCAUUCUUACAGCUAUUAGGGCCGAUAAAGCUAAAGUGAUGGAUUUUGUUAAUAAACUCAACAACUUUGAUGCGCCCGAAGUUGCAGAUAUUGCUAUAAAAACUAAUUUAUAUGAAGAAGCAUUCGCCAUCUACAAAAAACAUAAUGAUCACGCAAAUGCUAUAAGUGUGUUGGUUGAACAUAUUGCUAGUCUUGACCGCGCAGCUGAAUUUGCAGAAAAAUGUGACACUCCCGAAGUUUGGAGUAGAUUGGCUAAAGCACAAAUUACUGGAUUAAGAAUUAAAGAUUCAAUUGACUCUUAUAUUCGUGCUGACGACCCUAGUAAUUUUUCAGAAGUUAUCAGUAUAGCAUCACGUGCUGAAAAACAUGAAGAUCUUGUAAGAUAUUUGCAAAUGUGCCGUAAGAAAUUACGUGAACCUACAGUUGAUAAUGAACUUCUUUUUGCAUAUGCGAAAACUGAAAAAUUCCAUGAUCUCGAGGAAUUUUUGAACACACCAAAUGUUGCACAAAUUCAAAUUGUUGGUGAACGUUGCUAUGAAGAUGGUCUCUAUGAAUCAGCCAAAAUCCUAUUCCAAAGCAUUUCAAAUUGGGCAAGAUUAGCAUCUACACUUGUUCAUUUGGGUGAAUAUCAAGCAGCUGUAGACGGUGCUAGAAAAGCCAGUAAUACAAAGGUUUGGAAAGAUGUACAUGGUGCUUGUGUUCAACAUAAAGAAUUCCGUUUGGCACAUAUUUGUGGUCUUAAUCUCGUUGUCCAUGCAGAAGAAUUACAAAGUGUGACUAGAUUAUAUGAGAAUAAUGGCUAUAUAGAUGAAUUAUUAUCACUUUUAGAAGCAGGAUCUGGUCUUGAAAGAGCACACAUGGGAAUGUUUACUGAAUUGGGCAUUUUGUAUACUAAAUAUCGGCCUGAGAAAACAUAUGAGCAUUUACGAAUCUUCUGGUCACGACUUAAUAUUCCUAAAGUAAUUAGAGCUUGUGAUGAAGCUCAUCUAUGGAGUGAAUUGGUUUUCUUAUAUGAACAUUAUGAUGAAUUUGAUAAUGCUUCUCUUGCAAUGAUUCAACAUGCAGCUGAUGCUUGGGAACAUUCACGCUUCAAAGACAUAAUUGUUAAAGUUAGCAAUAUUGAAAUUUACUAUAAGGCUUUGAAAUUCUAUCUUGAUGAGCAUCCUCUUUUACUUAAUGAUCUUCUUAGUGCAUUAACUCCAAGAAUUGAUCAUACAAGAGUUGUCCAAAUGUUCCAAAAAUCAGACAACAUUCCAUUGAUAAGAUCAUACUUAAUAUCAGUACAAGAAGGGUUUAGUAUGAUUGUUUGA